UAGGCAGCCACCCACAUGUGUCUGUGUUUACCAUCCGCAGGCUUGUUAGCCAAGAAAGCCGUGGACGCCGGCCUGACCGUGAAGCCUUACAUCAAAACGAGCCUGUCUCCUGGGAGCGGCGUGGUCACCUACUACCUGCGGGAGAGCGGAGUCAUGCCUUACCUGUCUCAGCUGGGGUUUGAUGUCGUGGGCUAUGGGUGCAUGACCUGCAUUGGCAACAGCGGGCCCUUGCCUGAGCCUGUGGUGGAAGCCAUCACGCAGGGAGACCUUGUCGCUGUCGGAGUGCUAUCUGGGAACAGGAAUUUUGAAGGUCGAGUUCAUCCCAAUACCCGAGCCAACUAUUUAGCCUCUCCGCCCUUGGUGAUAGCGUAUGCAAUUGCUGGGACCAUCAAGAUCGACUUUGAGAAAGAGCCACUGGGUAAGGCUUGGUUUAUGGGGUUAUAA